AUGGAGGGUGCAAGUACAAGUGUGCGAUUCAAAAAUGUGGAAACAUCUACUUUUAUUGAAGCAAAUGAAAACUCAAACACUUUACGAAAAACAAUGGGCCAUUUGAACAUUUUACGUGAGUAUUUUGAAAUUAAAGGGGAGUCAAGAGAAAUUUACAAUAUACCCCCAAAUGAGUUGGACCCUCUCUUGUUGAACUUUAUUGUGAAUGUCCGCACAAAAUCUGGCGAAGAAUAUGAACCCUCAAGUCUCAGGGGAAUGAUAGGGAGCUUUGAAAGACACUUAAAACGUCAUCGGUAUCAGUUUUCAUUAAUUACAAGCUUUGAAUUUGCGCGGUGCAGAGAGGCCCUAAAGGCAAAACAAAAAGAUUUAAAAGCGCAAGGGCGUGGAAACAAACCCCAAAGGUCCGACUCUUUAACUCAUGAUGAAAUUGAAACUCUAUUCAAGACUGAACAACUGGGAAAAACUACACCAACCUCGUUGAUAAGCACACUAUGGUUCAAUAAUACGUUGUAUUUUGGCAUGCGAGGGGGGACAGAACACCGAAACAUGAAAUGGGGUGAUGUAGUCUUGAAAAGGGAUGAGGCACUUCAACUUGACUUCUUAGAAUAUCACGAAAGGGCAACCAAAACUAGAACUGGUGUGGAUGUCACUGAUAGUCGUGCCUGCCCACCACGGAUGUAUGCAACCCCUGAGAACCCUGAAAAAUGCCCCGUAUCCACCUACAUUUUGUAUAGAGAUAAACGCCCAGACGGAUAUUCUAAACAUGAAGACCCCUUUUACAUUUCUGUAGUAACAAACGAAAAACGCCCAAAAAUGCAGGACCGAUGGUUUAUUUCUAGCCCCAUUGGUGUAAACAAACUUAAUGAUCUAAUGAAAAGAAUGUCAAAAAAUGCAGGCCUACCUGAUAAUAAGAAAAUCACAAACACGAGUGUCCGGAAAACCCUGGUCCAAAGGAUGACGGAUUCGAACGUCCCUGAUACAUUACAAGUGUACGUAACAGGUCACAAAAAUAUUCAGUCAUUGAAUAACUACCGCACUAUAAACGACUCACAGAAAUACGCAAUAAGCAGCAUUUUAUCAAAUUCAUCCUGUAAUAAUUCCUCACUGGUUCCAUUCUCAAAUGCUUCUGCACCAAAACAUUCUCAUUUUGAAUCAUCAUCAACCAGAGCGCUGCCCAGCUCUACAGUGACAAAUGCACUCCCGUCCUUCGACUUGACACCAAUUUCAGAUAAUACCGCCAUUGAAACUCAAAACAACCAGGUCAAUAUGCAGCGUUCCUCAAGCUCACAACAUUCUUUUGGAUCCAUAUUUAGCGGGUCCCAAAUACAUGGGAACAUCACUGUUAAUAUCACAAACAAUUCUUACCAAUCUCGGAAGCGAAUCCGUGUUAUUGACUCCGACUCUGACUAG